AUGAAAAGCCAAAUUGUGCAUUUACAAUCGUCUACCGAAAUGUUCCAACAUCAAAUCCAAUCGUUACAAGAUGAACAAAAUGAGAAGAAGAAACUUCGUACUGUAGCCGAAGUUUUAACACCGGUGUCAAUGAUUCGAGCAUGUCUAUUACGUGCUCAAAAUCAAACAAUAUCCUGGGAAGUUGUUUAUUACAACCGUGAUAAUCCCCAAACAUCAUUCAAUAUUGAUGUCUUCAAUCAAUUUGAAUCGAUUCUUCGAUGUCAAACGGAUGCUUUAAGGAUUAAUUAUCAAACAUUACUUGAACUGUUAUUGAUUAAAAUUGAUCGAAAUGAAGUCAAACACGACUCAAUCAAGAACUUCCUACGAUAUUAG